AUGGGCCGCGCUCGUUGUCCAGCUGCGUGGCUUCUGCUUGCGCCGGCCGUCUUCCGGAAUGAAGUGACCUGGCUGACGCCCCGACCAUCUUUCAGCGCAGGCCAUCUCACGCCUGCGCGCCAACUGCGCAGUCCGCCGGGUGGCAUGUUGCAACGCUUGCCACGGGGCAGUGGCAAUGGCACUGGCGAGUCCAGCCGGCGCGGUGCACUGGCUGAGUGGGCACAGGGUGCGCUGCAGUCUGCAGGCACCGUGGCGGCUGCUGCUGUAGCUUUCUACACCGGUGCGAAGGUGGCAGUCUUUGGCUCUCCUCGUCUGCCGGAGCUCCAAGGACCCUUCAAAGAUGUUGGCUCAUCCCUGGAUCGCUUUGCUGGCCUGCGCUGCCGAGUGCUGUAUCCCGCGCAGCGUGGGAGCAAGGAGGCGCCAUACCUCUCUGAAGGCCAGGCGACCUCCGAUGCCAUGGCUCGGCUGGUCUUCUUCCCCGGUUUUCUGCUGGAGCACCUGGGCUCCGCCUCCUCCGGGUGCUGGGAGGAUGCUGCUCCUCUGUCAUCCGAGCGUUUCCCCAUCCUCGUCUACUCCCACGGCCAGGGAGGAAACAUGGACAUGGGCACCUACUUCCUUAGGCAGAUCGCGAGCUACGGGUUGAUCGUCGUCUCCGUGGAGCAUCAGGAUGGGUCAGCGUCUACUGGUGACACCUCCAAUCCUCGCCCUUUCACCUUGACGCGGGGCCAACUUGGCGUGCGGUUUCGUUCUCAAGAGCUCGUGCAGGUGGCCCGAGCACUGCAAGCGCCUGGGGAGGUCCAGCGCUACGGGGGCGACCCGGCGCGGAUCUUCGUUGGCGGGCACAGUUAUGGCGGCCCCACAGCCAUCCUCUCAGCUUAUGCUGAGCCGACCCUUUUCCAAGGCUUGGUGCUCCAUGACCCUGCGCUGAGCUCGGAGAUGCCCAAGUUGCAGCAACCGGUAUUUUCCAUCGUCGGUGACGAGUAUGCUGGCAUAGCCAAUCUGGUGAGCCAGGUGCUCAAAGUUUCCAAGCCAGACGAGUCCCAGGCUGCCCGUCCGUGGGUUGGGGCUUGGCACUUCACGGGAAUCAGUCAUGGGAACUUUGUCGAUGCGCCGUUGUGGGCGCCGCUUUUCAUCAUGCAGCUUCUGCGAAUAAUUCUGAUUCCGGCGGCUGGGCCGUUCGAGCCGGCGGAGGCCCAUCGUGCGCUGGCGUCCGCUGCUGCGGACUUCGUCCGCGGCACCAGCACCUCGGAAGGUGCAGGGCCGUGGGAGCGGCUGCAAGAAGCCGCGGGCUGA